AUGGCUUCAUUUGGCGAUGCGGCACUUCCUUCCACGCGCCGGACACGCAAAUCCAUCGGAGCGACCACAUCCUCGAGAAAGAAUGGUGAUAAGGAGAAUGCAACAAUUGACGUUGGCAGCACCCUUGCGGAGAGCAGGAAGAAGUCGCGAAGCAAGAGCAUUGGCCCCGGGGGUCUGGACGCUCUGAAAAGUGCGAAUGGGAACCGCAGAGCUUCCUUGGCUGUGCCUUCACGGCCUCCGCCGCGAUCCAUCUUGAAGCCCACAAUGCCCUUGCUACCCGAGAUCCCACCACACCGAAAGCGCGCUGCCGAACUCAUCGACCUAGGCCCGCCGCGGUCAAGCACCCCAACUACUACGACGGACAGCACCGACUCUACAGGCUCAGGUUCCAGGAUUGCGUUGCGCACUGAGGAGGAGCAGCAACAGGCAGCCAAGGAGCGCGAGCGCAGAGAUGCCAGACGCAAAUCCCUCGCAAAUCGCAGGGUAUCCUUCGCCGCGGAGGCAACUCUUCACACGUUCCAUGAGAUCGAUUUUUUGCAGGAUCCGACAGCAUCGACAAACAAGUCGCGCCGCAGAUCCUCCACCUCAGGCCCCUCAAACGAAGAGCCAACAGACCGGCCAUCAACCCCGCCAGAGCAGGAUGAUAAGGUUGUACCCCAAUCCCCCGACAACCAGAGAGAACUGCAUCAAAAGAAACGUCGGAGGAGCUCGACCGCGCCACUCAUGGAGUUUUCUGAUGAUGAGCAAGACACCAUGGCAACCGGUUUCAGCUCCGACUCCGAGCCGGCAGAUGCUGUUGAGGAGCUUGCAGAUGAGGAGGAGGAAGAAGCCUCUGAUUCGAACAGCGACUCCGACGAUGAUGACGGCACAAUGAUGACUGUCGAUGAUCACGAAGUCACCAGCGCCUCAGUCAUGUCUAACCGGACGACAGUAACGGAUGAUGACAAUGACAGCCUGGACGAAGCACUCCGAACAGCUGCUCGACAGGCUGGCACACAAAGGCUUGGUCUCGAUGACAGUGACGACGAAGAAGUGAUUCCCUCUUUUGGUUGGAUCAAGAAGAGCAAGCCUCAAGAUGAGGCAUCGCAAGAUCAAGGGAACACUGCUGCUUCCCCGCCAAUCCAGAACAGUCCACCUCAGGAUGGAGACGAGGAUGACAUGGACAUGGACAUGGACAUGGAUAUGACUGCUGCUGUCGGUGGCAUCCUCAAUAAAACAUCCGGAGAUAUCGAACCCGACGAAGACAUGUCCAUGGAUGUUACCCGAGUACUCGGAGGAAUUCUUUCACGAGAUAUCAAGACACCGACCGAAACCAACUCGGAGGAUCAGACAAUGGAGUUCACCAUAGCCGUUGGUGCUAUCCAUAACUCCGACGCCGAUGCCGAUAGUUUUGAUGUCAAUGGUGUGGAAAAUGAGGAUAUGUCGAUGGAAUUCACGAGUGCCAUUGGUGGUCUGCUGCCCACGCAUCCAAAGAACGAGAGCACCCAGAAGCGUCGGAGGACAACGGCAUCCCGCGAAAACCCAGAAGAGGCAACAAUGGACAUGGAUAUGACCGUCAGCGUUGGUCGGAUACUACCUGCGGCGGACGUGACUAUCCAUGAAGGGGAUGCGACGAUGGGCAUGGAUAUGACCAUGCCGGUUGGCCGAAUCCUGUCUUCACACGACGACUCUACGGAUGAGCUGACGACGCCAAUGGACAUGGCGCUUCCUGUUAGCCGUAUCUUGCCGCCCUCUCAAGUAUCCGAUCAGGAUGAAGCCACUAUUGGCAUGGAGAUGACAAUGGCGAUCGGAGGCAUCAUUCAACCAUCCCAACCUGUUGAGUCUCGCCUUGCUGCCAAGAGACUCAUGGAAGCAGAAGUGGACAAGCCAGACACCCCAUCAAAAUCCAUGUCCUCAAAACCUGCGUCGCCUGCAAAGAAGCUGGCUGCCUCGGCCAAAAGACAUUCAUUCGCAGGGUCGGAUAAUGCGAGCAGUCCUGGAUUCAACCCUUUCCAAGGCAGGAGCAUUCGUCAGAGUAUGCCAGCUGCAGGCCCUAUGCCAGAAUCGCCAACUAGAACAAGAACGCCCAGCCCCCCAACGUCUGUCGCUCCGCCCCACGCUGUCGCUGGAACACCGCUCGACAGUUCUCCAGUCAAAACGCCUCAAUCAGUGAAGAAGCAUGGUCGCUCAAAGUCAAAAUCUCCUACCAGGAAGCCUGCAACUCCUUCUCCCGAGAAGACUGCCACUCGCUUGAACAUCUUCCAGCAAGAUCCAGCCACUGGUGCGAGGACGCCAACUUUUGUUCUGACACCGCAAACCCGAAGGCACUCUGGCAUUGGCGCAGACAAGCCUGGACUCGGGUCGCCUCGUGUUGCUGCGCUUCUAGACCGAAGAGGAUCUCUCGGUGAGACGGUCCAGGAGUUCGUUCCCGGCAAGGUCCGUGGUGUAACUUUCGCUAAACCACAGGUUAUUGAGGAUGAGAUUGACAGGGCCCGCCAAGAAGAGGAAGACAAGGAAAACGGCAGGAAAAUCCUUGAGCGUGAGGCGGAUGGUGGCGAAAACGACAAAGACGCGACUUUGAACCUGAGGGAGAUGAUUGAAAGCUUGAGCCCUCAGAAGAAGCGCUUGCAAAGUCGAAAGAGCCUCCAUGUUGGGAGCGCACGAGGUCUCCUUGGCAAGCGUCCCGCCGAGCUCGAUGAUGAGGAGGAUAGUGAGGAUCGUGACGGCGUCAAGAGGCUCAAAGGCCAUCAAGGCAGCCCAGUGAAGAAUGUCAAGCUACAGCAGCCUCCCAGUAAGGCAGAGACCACAGGCCGUAGAUUGACUCGGUCUGCUAGGAAGAGCAUGGAGGAGAACGCUGCAUGGAAAGCUACGCCCACCCAUUCUGAAUCGCCUCAGAAGCUCGCAAGCUCGGCGAAAUCACCAAAGGGGCACGCUCGAUUCAGGGAUGUCGAGGAAGACACUGUUCCCCACCCAAUGAACCUCGAAGGCUCACUUGUCCGAGACGAAGCCGAAAUCAUUAACGACGAUCCGGAGGAGCGUAUUCAUUUACAAGACUUUCUCAACAUGACCUCAAUCCGCUUCAUGGAGUUGACAACCACCAAGCGGCGUCAUACACAAGCUCCAGACAUGUUCAAGGACUUUGGUGGCAAGGAGGACAUGUCACUGGAGAACUGCGUAGUCGCCGGGGCUUGCACAGUACCUAUGCUUGAGCUCUACCAGCAUUCGUGUCGCGAACUCAAGAAGUACAUCUCCGAGGGACGUCGAAUCGUUCGCGAGAUCGAAUCUGAGACCUUUGAAGAGAACCCGCCCUUAUUCCGAGAGUAUAUGUCAGCAUCACCUGAUUUCAAGAACAUCCUCGACAAUCAAUUCAAGAACAGCAAAACCCAUGCUCGUCUCGAGAGCAAGGCAAUGUGGUACGAGUGGCGCAUGAAGCUCCAGGAGGGACUGAGGGAGGGUCUUGUCAGAAUUGCCGAGGGCAUGACCGUCGACGAUAAGGUGCUUCAGCAGCAGCAAAAGUCGCUCUCCUCUGUCUUACCUACAAUUGCAUCGCGCUUUGAUGCCCUUGAACAGGAGCACAAGAACCUGCGGGCUAUUGCAGAAGAGCUUGCCGAUUGCGACCCAGAAGAGCUCGAGGCCGCCAGAUCCGACUUGGCUGCACUUGACAUUGAUGUUCAAGAGAAGACUCGGCGCGUUGAGGAGCUCCGACAGCAACUGGAAGAGGCGGAACAAGACGUGGAGCAACUAACGCAAGAGAAGCAGCAAUGCCACGAGGACAUCAAGGAGGCUGAGAAAAUCCGUGAAGAAUGCCGAGGCUGGUCGAUUAGCGAGAUCAGCGCGCUCAAGGCCCGAGUGGAUUCCCUUGAGAAGCAACAUGGUUGGGCUGUGACUGGGGUUUCCGGAAGCACCGUCUCAAUGACUUAUCGCCGCGAGAUUGAGCUGGUGUUCGACAUGGCGUCCUUCCAGCGCGGCCAGAAGAACUCGCGCAUUGACCUGUGGUACAUUGCUGCAAAUCGCGAGAACAACCCCCUGCCGUCGACGCCAGAAAAGGAAUUUUUCCUGCAAUGCAUCCGGGACCACAUCCGUGGCCUGCCGCAGAGCCGCACUAAAAUUGCGGACCUCCUCCACAUGGUUCGUGCUGCGUGGGACAAGUCUAAUUCCACCGCCAACCAAAUCCGUCGACUCAACGUCACUUUCCCCACGGCUGUUUUCAGGACUUCGGAUUCGUCCAUCGCCGUCAAGUCUUCGCUUCUUCUGCCGCCGAUCGAGACGAAGGUGUUAGUUGCUCUGGAGAUCCGCGCAGCGAGCAUGGCGGACGGGAUUGAGUUUACUCUGCAUCCCGAGGCAAAUGUUGUAUACGGAGAGCACUUCAACACUGGGAAGAUGGGCGAGUUUUUGACUACGCACAUGGGUGAGAAGGCAUUGUCUCAAGAGGAGGGCGUAUCCUCGUGGAUCGACGUAGUCGUUGACCUGCAUGAGAGGCUCUUGGCGAGAGGAAAAAAGCAAGGUUAA